AUGGCAUCAACAGCACAGCCUCUGCGAGGUAAAAGGGCAUGUAAAAAUAUAUUUUGGGCAGUCUUUCCUCAUGCCUGCUUCAUUCUGUCUCUUGUGGUCUAUGCUUUUCUUGGGGCUCUCAUGUUUUCCCACAUUGAAGGUAACCGGAAGGUCGAUUUAAGUGAAGAAUAUAGGAAAUUUCUGCAGGGUCUGUGGGACAUCUCCAGAAAUUUAUCAGAUAACAUGACAGAGAAUGAGGAGGUAUUUAGGGAACAAAUCCAUGCACUGCUCAACACAGCUGAACGAGACUGGUUUGUCAAUCCAAAAGAUAUUUGGACUUUCUUUGGGUCUCUCUUUUUCUGCUGCACAGUAUUCACAACUGUGGGUUAUGGUAACACCUAUCCUGUGACACGGAUUGGAAAGUAUCUCUGUAUGUUGUAUGCCCUAUUUGGCAUCCCUCUGAUGUUCCUGGUCCUGACAGACACGGGAGACAUCCUCGCUACUGUCUUAUCCAAGUCUUACAACGAAUUCAGGAAGCUACAGUCAAAAAUUCGAGCCUCUAAAUUCUGUGCUGGAUUCACAUGUAACAAAAGGGACGAACUGAAAUCCAGAGCACAGUCUAAAAUAGUCAUCAACGAGCCCUUGACUAUUAUGGAAGUGCUGAAAAGCCAGGCAGGUGUUAAAAGGAAGCCAGUCAAACACCGUAACGCCCAGAUAUUUGAACUGCUGAUUGCCAGAGAAAAUGAACACCCCAAGCCAGCAAGAAAUAAAAGCAUCGAGAGGUGGAGUUCAUGCCCUGAACUAGCCAGGGGAAAGACAAUGUCCAGAGUAAUAGAGAAUUUUGACAAGAUUGGGCAACAGGUAGAAAAACUGGAUGUGCCCAUCAUGUUGAUGGUGCUGAUUAUCUUUGUGUACAUCUCCUGUGCAGCUGCUAUCCUUCCAAACUGGGAAACCAGGUUGGAUUUUCAGGAAGCCUUUUAUUUCUGCUUUAUCACUUUGACAACUAUUGGGUUUGGAGACACGCAGCUGGAACACCCCAAGUUUUUCAUGUUUUUUUCCCUCUAUCUUAUUAUUGGCAUGGAAAUUGUCUUCAUUGCCUUCAAGCUGGGCCAAGACCGCUUAAUUGGUUUGUACAAACAGGUGAUUUCAUUUUGUGGGCAGAAAAAGGUGCCAUCAAAGAAGGUGUAUCCCAAAUAA